AUGGCCGAAGUCGUGGUAUUCAAAGAGCUCUACAGCUGGCAGAGUGACCACGACCAAGCAGUGUUUGUCGACGGAGCUAACGAGGUGGUCAUAUAUCAGAGCGUCUACGACAAGAGCAUACGGGUGAUAGAUUCUGCUACGGAAAACACCAUCUUCAACAAUGCUAGGUACCAACGCCAAUACGCCGCCCCAUUGACCCUAACCCAGAUUUCCGAAGCCCCUUUGCGAGGUGAUCGCCUUCUCUGCAGAUGGCCGCUUGGUUCUGUACUGGCACAGCAACCCACUUGCUAUCGUAAGUUGGAGGUAAAUACGCGUCAAUUCCUUCAGGGGAUAGUUAAUGGGUUUGACGUCGACUCCGACGACAUACUCGUCGAUUGCACGCCGUACGAGGAGACGAUCGUGCUCAACAUUUUUUGGCUGGAAGGCGGCAACAGUGGCAAUUACGACUUCGCGGUUGUUUGCACCACCUGCAUUGAUAUCUACAGCUACAGUAGCAGUAACCAUGCCCUGCGUCGGGUAUGCAGCAAGCGCAUCAGCUGCACUGAUGUUUGGAACGACAUCAGUGGGACGCACGUGAUCGUGCUGAAGAGCAACCAGGUUCUCCAGCUCUACCGACUGAUGAACAAGGAGGUCAGAGCGGUGACCGACAUCGAGUUGGCCAUCAAAAGCGAGCACAAACUCCACAAAUCGUCGAUCAUUGUGGCCAGCAUAUACAAUGACACAUAUUGCAUCCACAAGGACGCCAACAAUGGCACCAUAUCGCUAAGAUCGCUGCGUAAUAGCAAGGCUGUAGACAUCGUGCUCGAACUGAGCUGCCAAGGAUGGCUGGAGGUUGCCAUCUUGGACAACAUCCUGCUUGCGUUAACUGGCGGGGGGGAGACGUAUCUCUUCGAUAUCGCAAUGAUGGAUAAAAAGGUGUUGGCGCGUGUCCCGCAAAGCAAGCCAGCCGUUGCGUCCAUGUCGAGCGACGUACAGGGUAGGCACGCUGCGUUGUCACCACAUAGUCAUGCAGCUUUCAUACCAAACGUGGUCGUCGAUUACUACGGAGGAUUCGCAUACAACAUUGCUAUCGAUCACAAUAUGCUAAUGCUGCUCCUUUCGCAGACAUACGCCGAUCCUCUUGUGGCAGGCUUCUACCAGCGCCGCAUCGGGGCUGUGCAGCGUGUUUUGGACAUUGUCAACAACGCCAUCGAAAACAAGAUGCGUGCAAACAAGCUUUUGGUCCUACUUUCUACGAUAGUAACACCGUACGCGAAGAUUCUCGUCGACUUGAACAAGUUAGGCACGAAAACCGAAAACAGCGUAGCCAUACCGUUGAAUCUCGUCGAGGAGUACAUCGGCCAGAGGUCUGUGGUCUCUGAGCACCGUUUCGCAAAAUCGAUCAUCUACGCCACAGUGGCCAAGGAGUGGAACCUUAAACCUGGAGAAAACAUCUUCGAUGCGGCCAUUGCGCUGCUUUGUCAUCACAGGCAAUUCGACCACAGCGUCCUGGUGAAUAUUCGCGAUGAACUGGAAAUACCACCGAACCCUACAAACAACUUCAUCCUCAAGAGCCGGCUUAUAUCCAAUACCAACGAAGAGAUCUCCUCCGACUUCCGUGACUAUGUGACGCUGCACGGGGCUGCCAUACCCACCAUUCACGACAGUUCGCUGCGGAAUCGCCCUUAUAUCCUUGUGGUUACUUUGUCAUACUUACGGGCGCUCGUCUCCCACAACCUGCAGCCUACCAGCAUCCUGCAGAUACUCCUUCUGGACAUCUGUGUGCUCUACAACAACAUCGAACUCGCAUUGCAGCUUAUCAGGUCUAAGAAUAUUCGGGAUUCCACCUACGUAUGUUAUCGCCUGCUCUACCUCUACGUGGUGCUCCGGGACCCAGCCAUGCGCCAGGUAUGCCUUGACAUGGCCAUUCGGCUGAAGCUCUAUGGUAUUUGCGUCAAGAUUGCUGUGAUCGAUCAAGACUACUACAACGCACUCGUGGUGAUGAAGGCGUACGGCGUCGCCUCGUUCCCACUGCAUCGCAUUCUUUACUGCGCUGCCAAAGACGUGGAAGCGCAGGAACGCAAGCCGCACCUAUGGCCGUCGAUGCUUGCGUUCAUCAAGUCCUGGGUAGAAGAGAGCGCCGCUAACAAUACAGCAUGUGCACCGCCGAAUUUACGCGGCUGCGAAAUGUGGCUGCCCAGCCUGUAA